CACCACGUCCCCCACCUCCGCUACCCCGCGUGUUGCCCCCUCUCGGUACACUCUCACUGCGCUCCUUCCUCUGCAGACGAGCCGGAGCUAGAUGUCCCGGACACUUGCUGCUGCUGCUGCUGCGCCUCUGGCACCGCGGGAGCAGAGGACGUUGAGGAGCAGGAGAAUCAGUGGGAGGCACAUGGCUCGAUGACAUGAUGUUCCUACCCUUUUCCCCUCCCCCCUCCACCUCUUUUUUCCCCGUUUUCCUUCUGCUCCUCCUUUUCCUCCCUCCAUCCCUUGUCUCCUCUUCCCUUUUCCACACCCCGUUGAGCUGGACUUCGCCGCAUGACCCCUGCUACCAUCUGGAUGGCCGUCCGCGUCACUGCCUGUCAGAGUUCAUCAACGCCGCCUAUGGGGUCCCGGUUAACGCCAGUCACUCACUACAAGAACCUGACUAUGACAGCAAUGUCACCACCUUGACGGAUCUCCACAACCCUCAUAACCUCACCUGCUGGAUGGCUCACAGAGGCACUGACAUCGGGGAAUGGGAGCUCACCGUUCCACUGGGCCGUCGCUUUGAGAUCACCUAUAUAAGUCUGCAGUUCUGCCACCAGGGGGAACCAUCAGAUCCCAUCUCCAUCUCCAUCCUGAAGUCAAUGGACUAUGGGCGCACCUGGAGGCCGAUGCAGCACUACUCUAGCAACUGCCUCGGAGACUUUGGGCUGCCCUCACAGACGGUGGCCCAGACCAGGCAUCAAGAAACGGAGCCUCUCUGCUCAGACCCUCGCCCCCUACAGAAGCAGAGGGGUGGCAUGGUGCUGGCCUUCUCCACCUUAGACGGGAGACCAUCCUCUCCCGAUUUUGACCACAGCCACGCCCUCCAGGAUUGGGUGACGGCCACUGACAUACGUGUCGUUUUCCAUCAAGUGUCAAAAGUUGCCAAGAUGGGCGGCUUGGACAGAGCAGACGAAUCAAAAUGGCGUGACAGUCAAGAGGAUCACAGAGAAGCUGGGCUGCUGAGGUGGAGAGCGGGCCACAAGGGCCGCGCUGAAGAUCAGGUCAACAAGCUAAACACAGAUAAUGCACUGGGAUUUUUCAACAGGGAGACAAAACACUCGAGGAACAAAGGAGAGAAAGUGGACAAAAAUGAAAGGAAGGGUCACGGUAAAGGGUCAGGUCAAGAUGAAGAUGGACACAAUGUGACCAGCAAAGAAAGGGUGGACAUUUUUGGCAUAGACACGCUUCCGUCUUCAAAGAAAGGCGGGAAAGGAAGAGGUCGCGGCAAAAAGAAAGAAAAUGACCACUGGCUUCCUUGCCCCAAUGGCGGCUGUAACUGGACAGUGGAUGGGCGGAGCAGGGGCAACAAAGGGCGGGAUCUGAGGAAGAGGAGGAACAAUAAUCUCAACAUGAGACAAAGUGCCAGGAAUCUGCAGGCGGCCAUGCCCUCUGUUUUAAUCCCUCCUGCCCACGCUCCUCUGGCCCUGUCCGACCUGCAGGUUGGAGGCAGGUGCAAAUGUAACGGACACGCCUCUCGGUGCCGCCGGGACGACGCGGGACGGGCGGUAUGCGUGUGCGAGCAUCACACAGCGGGGCCAGACUGUGAUGUGUGUGAGGAUUUCCACUUUGACAGACCAUGGCAUCGAGCGACACCCACGCACCCAAACCCCUGUGUUGCCUGUGAGUGUAAUGGUCAUUCAAACAAGUGCCGCUUCAGCAUGGAGAUAUUUCAACAGUCGGGCCGACGCAGUGGAGGGGUGUGUCAGAAGUGUCGGCACCACACGGCCGGACGCCACUGCCAGUACUGCCAGAAUGGAUAUACCCGCGACCACAGCAAGCCACUGGACCACCGCAAGGCCUGCCAACCGUGUCACUGCCAUCCUCUGGGAGCAGUGGGCCGCUGGUGCAACCAGACGUCAGGUCAGUGUCUGUGUCGAGAAGGGGUGACCGGCGCCAGGUGCAACCGCUGCACCGCAGGAUACAAACAAGGGAAGUCCCCUCUACGGCCCUGCAUACGAAUUCAAGAGGUCGCUCCGACCCCAGCGUACCAGCCUCAGUACAGCAUCGCGGAGGAGUGUGUUUCAUACUGCCAGCCGUCUCAGGUUAAAGUCAGGAUGAACUUAGAGACCUAUUGUCUCAAAGACUACGUGCUGAAGGUGCAGGUGAGAGGGAUGGAGCGUUCAGGUCCCUGGUGGCAGUUCUCCAUCUCAGUCCAAACCGUCUACCGUACGGGCUCCACCUCCCGCGUUCGCAGGGGCCCCCACUCCCUCUGGGUCCCCGACCGCGACCUCGGCUGCGGCUGCCCCGCCCUACACGUGGGUCGGACUUACCUCCUGAUUGGCGCGGAGGAAGGAGAGCGGGGCUGGGGCCCAGAGGAGAGUCGCCUGGUGGCGGACCGCUCCACUCUGGCCCUCCAGUGGCGGGAACACUGGAGCCCCAAACUCAGGGGCUUCCGGGGCCACGACAAGAGAGGGCGCUGCCCCGCAAAGUCCCCCAACAGCCAACGCAGGGAGCAAACAAAACCACAGGCUGGGUACAUCCCCCCCCACCUGCUGACUGAGAAAGACACAGACAAUGUGAACACACACUCUGUCAAAGUGGACAAGACUCAAACCUUAGCAGAGCCGCACACACACCCUCCCACAGAGAUGAGCCCGUCCCCCUUCCCGGCUCUGGUCUGCUCCACGCCACUUCCUGAGUGAGGGCUCCACCUUACCCCUUCACCUUUCCGGACUUUUUUCAGAACGACAAUUUUUCAGACUUUCUUUUUUUUUUUUUAGAAAAAGUGAAAACAGGACUUUAAAAGAAAUUGUUCACAAUCUGAUCUAAAAUGUGAAGAACCAUGUGCAUCUGUUGUGUUUUGUUUUUGGACGGUGAAGGUCAAAUUCACGAUGCAGCAGCACAAAGUGGUAAAUGGUGAAAAGUCCACAGCAAACAACAAAACAAUCAUAUUAAUUAAAAGGAUUUUAAUUCUUUCUACUAGAGAAACUCAAAAAUGAAAGGACUUUAUUCUGACAGAAAGGCUGAGCAGUAUUUUCUUCUGAAUGAGAUUGUUUGAAUCAUAUUUAAUUUUAAGAUUUCUUUAUGUAACACACACAAAACUAAAUACACACACAAGGGUAAAUAUUCUACCUCACAUUUUUUACACACAGUUGUAACCAAAGCUUAUUCAUAAAGGUGAAAUCCUGUUAUAUGAAUCAUUUUCUGCUAAGUUUUAAUAAAGAGUUUACUACAAAUAAGGCCAACACUAUAACUUUGUUUUAAAAUUUGAAAAAGAUAGAAUCUAUUGAAUUUAAACAAAGAGAAUAUUUUAAAUUGACAAUGAAACAUACAGAACUUUGACAUAGUUGAUAUUUAACAUCUAGAGAAAGUUCAGGGUACGAAAACUAUUAUUUUUAUAGCUAUAGAUAACUUACCCCAAUGCAGCCAGUCAAUAUAAAAAGAUAAGAAACCUUCUGAAUACUGCACUAAUACUUUGUGAAGUAAUAUUUCACAAAUACUAAUAUUUCAUAUGUCACGUUUAUUUUAAAUGAAUUUUCCUGUUUUUAUUUAAAAACCCUCUGUACCUGAAA